AUGCAACUGGUGAUGGUUCAUGGCUCCGGCCAGAACGAACUGACCUACCACUACCAGACGGCGCGGUUCGAAAACGCGGAUGCCGUCAACCUGCCCGGCCACCCGGACGGGGAACCACGGGACAGCAUCCGCGGGUACGUAGAUUGGGUGCGGGACUACGCGCAGGGGAAAGGGUAUCCGCCCUUCGUUCUGUUCGGGCACUCCAUGGGCGGAGCGAUUGCGCUGGACUAUGCGCUGCGCUUCCCUGAGGACCUGGCCGGGUUGGUGCUGAUCGGAACCGGCGGGCGGCUGCGCGUGCAUCCCGACUACCUGAACCGCUGCCUGGAUGAGGCCCAAUGGCGCGCGGAGGCGCCGGCGUAUUACGAGGCCAUCAACGCACAACUUGCGCCUCAACUGGCAUCCCGCGCUCUGCAAUCCGGCCCGAUGGUCGAGCACAACGACCUGGCGGCCUGCGACAGGUUCGACGUAAUGGAGCGUCUCAAGGAGAUCGGGUUGCCGUCGCUGGUGAUCGUUGGCGCUGAUGACAUAAUGACCCCGGUGCGUUAUGCGGAAUACUUGGGCCGCGAGUUGCAGGACGCCGAGGUGGUAGUGGUGUCCGACUCGGGGCACUUCGUCACCCUGGAACAACCGGAAGCGGUUAACGACGCCAUCGCGCGUUUUCUGAAGCGGCUGGAUGACAGCAACGGUUAG